UUUUUUUUUUAAAGGGAGAUCACUAAGUCUGAGGCCCUCAUUUUACAGACAAGGCCCUUGAGGGUCCAAGGGGCUCUUGACUGCAAGUGUGGGCGCGGGGGCGCCGAAGGCCGCCUGCCCCCUGCUCACUGGUCCCUGCCCUCCUUCCGCAGCCUGCUGAGGGAUAUGCCCAAGAAGUUCCAGGGUGAGAACACCAAGUCGGCAGCGGCCCGGGCGCGGAGGGCUGAGGCCAAGGCGGCAGCUGAUGCCAGGAAGCAGAAGGAGCUGGAGGAUGCCUACUGGAAGGAUGAGGACAAACACGUCAUGAGGAAGGAACAGCGCAAGGAGGAGAAGGAGAAGCGGCGCCUGGAGCAGCUAGAGCGCAAGAAGGAGACGCAGCGCCUGCUGGAGGAGGAAGACUCCAAGCUCAAGGGUGGCAAGGCCCCCCGGGCCACCGCGCCCAGCAAGGUCACCCGCGCCCAGAUUGAGGAGACGCUCCGUCGAGACCACCAACACAAGGAAGCCCCAGACCCAGCCGAGAAAGCCAAGAGCCACUUGGAGGUGCCGCUGGAGGAGAAUGUGAACCGCCGCGUGCUGGAGGAGGGCAGUGUGGAGGCGCGCACCAUCGAGGAUGCCAUCGCGGUGCUCAGCGUGACGGAGGAGGCUGCAGACCGGCACCCAGAGCGCCGCAUGCGGGCGGCCUUCACCGCCUUCGAGGAGGCGCAGCUGCCGCGGCUCAAGCAAGAAAACCCCAACAUGCGGCUGUCGCAGCUGAAGCAGCUGCUCAAGAAGGAGUGGCUGCGGUCGCCAGACAACCCCAUGAACCAGCGGGCCGUGCCCUUCAAUACCCCCAAGUGAGCCCAGAACUGGGGGAGCCGCCCUACAGGCGGUCAGGGUCAUGACCUCACACGCCGGUCCGCUGGGUCAGCUGCGUGGGUUACAGAGAGGUCCGGGGCUGAGGCAAGCAUCCUGGGGGCUAGGUGGCAUCAUCGGUCGUGCCUCCCACUGGAGGGUCCCUGCUUCAAGUGACACCCACCACCCCCUUCCUGCGCCCGUGGAGCCCUGGGGCUGAUGCCCAAUAAAGGCAAUCGGUGAGGCAAACCGUGCA